AUGAGCGACAAGGCCCUGCUGCUGAGCGUCGAGGACCUCAUCUCCUUAGCCAUGGGUCCAAUAGAGAGAAAUACAGUGAACUUCAAGAUGAUCCAGACUGUUCUGCACAUCUUGGCUCGUCAGAUGCGCAUGCUGGAGCAAAAAGUUGUGCUGGUGGUCGGCAGCAUGCCCGGGGAGCGGCCGCAGCCGCCGCCGCCGACCCGCCAACGCAGACGAAGCGAGAGACGGAGCAGAGACGGUGAACAGCAAAGGUGGAAGGAGGACCUGGAGAACUAUCCCUAUGGAACUCAUACCAUAGAGGCAGUACUCCCGUCCUUCAUGGAGUGGAUAGAGAGGUCUCAUGGGACCGUUACAUUUAGGUUGGCACAGGUGAUGACCGGACACGGAUGCUUCGGUCAUUACCUGUGCAAAAUAAAGAGGGAGGCCAACCCGGCUUGCCAUGAGUGUGGCGCGCCGGAUGACACGGCCCAACACACGCUUGAAGAAUGCAGUCGUUGGGCCGUAGAGCGUCGCACCAUGUCUGCGGCUCUUGGAGUGGGAAACCUUUCGCUGCGCAACGUCGUAGCAGCUAUGUUGGGCAGCGAAAGGAAAUGUAAGGCAGUUGCCUCCUUCUGUGAGAUAGUCAUUUCACAGAAGGAGGCCGCGGAAAGGGAGCGUGAGAGCAGGGCUGACGCGCACCCGAACCGACGCAGACGGCGGGGAAGAAGACGGGCACAAUUUGUCGCCCGCCUAAACCCCUAG